AUGGUAUCAAAUAAAGAAGAAGAUUCGUCAAUAAUAACAAUUGAAGAAUUAUUUUCUUUAGUUCCAAUUGAAAAAUUAAAUGAAAAUGAUUUAAAAAAAUUUUCAUUUAAUUUAAAUAGUAUUAAAAGUUUAUCGCAUAUUAAUAAAAAUUUAAUUGAAUCAAUCAAUAAAUGUGAUUUGUAUCAUGAAGGAAUUAUUAAUGAAGAUUUAUUUAGUUUUUAUCGUUCUAAUAAAAAUGAAGCAUAUCUUAUUGUCAUUGCUAAAGAUUCAUCAAAUAAUAAAUCAUUUAUUCGUUAUACAUUUUCCAAAUUAUUUCAUGAUUAUCAAAUUGGACAAUUAAAAUUUUCAACAAAAAAUUCCUUUUAUAAAUCUAAUCAAUUUAUUGAUUUAAGUUUUGUUCAAUUAUUUCUUAAUCAAGCUUAUGUGUUUAAACUUGAUUAUCUUUCAUCAAAUUACAUUGAUAGUUUACAUUGGUGGAAAAAAGGUCUUAUUUAUCAAAUUAUUCCAUCAUCUUUUCAAGAUUCAAAUAAUGAUGGAUUUGGAGAUUUAAAUGGUUUAAUACAAAGAUUAGAUUAUAUUCAACAAUUAGGAGUAAAAACAAUUUGGUUGACUCCAAUAUAUAAAAGUAAAUUUCGUGAUCUUGGCUAUGAUAUAAGUGAUUAUUGUUCAAUUGAUCCUCGUUUUGGUACAUUAGAUGAUUUUAAAACAUUAAUAAAUGAAAUUCAUAAUCGUCAAAUGAGAUUAAUGGUUGAUUUUGUACCAAAUCAUUGUUCAAUUGAACAUCCAUGGUUUCAAUCAGCACUUAAAAAUGAAAAACCUUAUGUUGAUUAUUUUAUUUGGCAUUCAGGUAAAAAUAAGGAUUCAAAAAUUCCUCCGACAAAUUGGAUUGGUUAUGCUGGACAAUCCAUGUGGACAUGGUCACCAGAGAGAAAUCAAUGGUAUUUACAUCAAUUUAUGGAUUGUCAACCUGAUUUAAAUUUUCGAAAUGAAAAUGUUUGUCAAGAAAUUGAAAAUGUUAUGAAAUUUUGGUUAGAUUUAGGUGUUGAUGGAUUUCGUGCUGAUGCAACAAAACAUUUAAUUGAAAAUGAUCAAUUUAAAGAUGAACCACUUAAAGAAAAUGAUCAACAUGAUGAUUUACAAGUUGAAUAUGAAGCUUAUGAACAUACAGAAACAUCAAAUCAACCAGAUACUUAUAAAAUUAUUACGAGAUGGAGAAGAUUUUUAGAUGAAUAUAUUACAAAUAAUAAAAGAGAUUAUAUUAUUUUAAUUACUGAAACUCAAGAUAAAGAUGUUGAUUCUGAUAUGAAAUAUUAUGGUCCAAAUCGAUGGUCAAGAGGAAAUGAUAUGGCAAUUAAUUUUUUUUUAGCUUAUUUUCUUGGAGAAAAUCCAGAAAAUCGAACAGGUGAGAAAUUAUCAAAAUUUAUUCAAUCAUGGUUAGAAAAAUUACCAAAUGAAUGUUGGACUACUUGGACAAUGUCUUCACAUGAUAGUAAACGUGUUGCAACAAAAUUAGCAUCAUCAAAUCUUAUUGAUGGAUUUUAUAUGUUACUUUUAUUUUUACCUGGAACACCAAUUCUUUAUUAUGGAGAAGAAAUUGGUAUGGAAAAUCUUCAAUAUACAAAAGAAAUUCGUCAUGAAAUUAAUGAUUUAUCUGCAUUUAAUUAUGGAAUUAAUGAUGAAAAUAAAAUUGAAGAAAAAACACGUGAUGGUCAACGAACACCAAUGCAAUGGAAUUCUGAUGAAAUAAAUGCAGGUUUUACAAAUGCAACUAAACCAUAUCAUCCACUAUCGAAAUCAUGGAAAACAAUUAAUGUACAAAAUCAAUUAAAUUCAAAUCGAUCUCAUCUCAAAUUAUUCAAACAAUUAGUUCAACUUAGACAAAAUGAACCAUUUUAUUCAGGAAAAUUUCAACUUAUUUUAGCUGAUAAAUAUAUUUAUUCAUUUAUUCGAUGGUCAAGUGAAUUAGAAACAGCACCUAUUUAUCUUAUUAUUAUUAAUAUGUUUGGUGCUGGACAAAAUGAUCGAGAAGAUCAACAUAUAAAUUUAGAUUUUAUUAAAUUAUUAAAAUGUAAAAAUAAAAAUGCAAAAGGAAAAGUUAUUGCACGAUCAACUAAUAUUAAAGAUAAUUCAUCUUUAUCUAGUGAAGGAAAUCAAGUCGAUUUAAAUGAUAUUUGUUUAUAUUCAAGUGAAUCUGUUCUACUUCAAUUAUUAUUAAAUAUUCAUGAGAUUGAUUUAUCUUCAACAUAG